CAGCACACACAACACACCAACUAACUAUACGAACAAGCGCGGGCCAAGCGUCGAUAUUUGCAGAUACCGCUUAAACCACGCGGUCGCGGCAACAGCAACAGCAACAACAUAACGUGCAACAUGCUGGUGAUAUUAUUACUGGCAAAAAACGGCUGUUAACGGACGGUGUUGAUCGAACACUAUUAAUUCCUAGAUCAUUAAUAAAAUAGUGAUCGUAGGAUUGACGGACAAGUGCGUGGACGUUACGAGUUUGUUAAGUGAGACUCUGAUUAUACGAUCGCUGUCAGUGAAAAAAAAAAAAAAACAAACAAACAAAUUGUCUCACAUUUCUGCAUGUGGCAUGUUCCCCAACUGUUCAUUGUUUACGUUCGGGUGGACGCGUCAGAGAGAGACGUGCGCCGAGCGAUCGUAACGCAAUUUCGACGGUGCAACUCGCAAUUUUCUCGCGCCAGGCGAUGACUGUGCAGAAGAUCAAACCUCGUGGCACGGGAGCGACAGAGGAGCAACAACCCUCGACAUCAGAUAUCUUCACUCCGAGCGAACCUCACGAAAAUGACAAGGAACAAUCGGAAAUGCGGAAUUGUUAUCGCGGACCCGGUCAGCAGGAUAGCGAAAAUCUCCUGGGAUGCGUCUUGGCCGAAUUUGACGGGACUACCGUGCUGUGUCGCGUCUGCGGCGACAAGGCGUCGGGUUUUCAUUAUGGCGUUCACUCCUGCGAAGGAUGCAAAGGCUUCUUUCGCCGGAGCAUCCAGCAGAAGAUUCAAUACCGGCCGUGCACCAAGAAUCAACAGUGCAGCAUUCUCCGGAUCAACAGGAAUCGCUGUCAAUACUGUCGUCUCAAAAAGUGCAUUGCUGUCGGCAUGAGUCGUGAUGCGGUGCGAUUCGGCCGCGUGCCCAAACGUGAGAAGGCCAGGAUUCUGGCUGCCAUGCAGCAAAGUUCCCACAGCCGUUCUCAAGAGAAGGCGGUAGCGGCCGAACUGGAGGAUGAACAACGUCUACUGACGACCGUGGUGAAAGCCCAUCUCGACACGUGCGACUUCACCAGGGAAAAAGUGGGCCCGAUUCUCACGAGAGCCCGCGAUUCUCCCAACUACACCGCAUGUCCACCGACCUUGACAUGCCCUUUGAAUCCUAAUCCUGAACCGUUGAACGGGCAGCAAGAGCUGCUGCAAGAUUUUUCCAAGAGAUUUUCGCCGGCCAUACGCGGUGUCGUGGAAUUUGCAAAACGCAUACCUGGAUUUAGCCUGCUGGCUCAGGACGAUCAGGUCACCCUGUUAAAAGCUGGCGUUUUCGAGGUGUUGCUCGUGCGACUAGCUUGCAUGUUCGAUGCUCAAACGAACAGCAUGAUCUGCUUAAACGGCCAGGUGCUCAAGCGGGAGUCCAUCCACAAUAGUAGUAAUGCGCGAUUCCUAAUGGACUCGAUGUUCGAUUUCGCCGAACGAGUUAACUCCUUGCGAUUAUCCGACGCUGCGUUGGCAUUGUUCUGCUCGGUAGUGGUGAUCGCUGCCGACAGACCCGGGCUUCGCAAUAUCGAAUUGGUCGAACGUAUGCACAAUAAACUCCGAAACGCUCUGCAAACAGUACUCGCGCAGAACCAUCCUCAACAUCCAGAUAUUCUUCGCGAAUUGUUAAAGAAGAUACCCGACCUAAGAACUCUGAAUACUCUCCACUCAGAAAAACUUUUGGCGUACAAAAUGACCGAGCAGCAACAACAGCUGCAAGCCCAACAGCAACAUCAGCAACAGCAAACGCAACACGUUAUCACCGUUCAACAUCAGUCCCAUUGGCCAAUGGAAGAAGAACCUCCGGCUUCCUGGGGUUCCGCUUCGGAUGUAACGUUAGACGAGGCGGUGAAAAGUCCACUUGGCAGCGUGUCGAGCACCGAGAGCACCUGUAGCGGCGAAGUUGCCUCCUUGACGGAAUAUCAUCAUGUGGCACCAUCAAGUGGUCAUCACGCGUCGAGCGCACCUCUCUUAGCCGCUACCUUAGCUGGUGGUUUGUGCCCGCACAGACGGCGAGCAAAUUCUGGCAGUACUAGUUCCGGCGACGAUGAGCUUCAUCGGUCUACCAUGUCGAAGACUCCUCAACCACCGCAAUGUCCGCGAUUCCGCAAAUUAGACUCGCCGAGUGACAGUGGAAUUGAGUCCGGCACUGAAAAGCCCGACAAACCGGCCAGUAGCAGCGCUAGCAGCGCGCCUACUUCCGUGUGUUCGAGUCCACGUUCAGAAGACAAGGAGGUUGAGGACAUGCCGGUAUUGAAGCGAGUACUUCAGGCGCCACCCUUGUACGACACUAACUCACUGAUGGACGAGGCUUACAAACCUCACAAGAAAUUCCGCGCUCUGCGGCAGAAAGAUAGCGCUGAGGCUGAACCGGCUGUGGUGGUACAGCAUACACAAUCUCAGCUCCAUCUGCAUCUAACAUCGCCACCGGCACGAAGUCCGCCCACUCAAACAGCACAAUCCCAAUGUCCGCAGACCGCAAGUUUGCUGAGCAGCACGCAUUCCACCCUCGCGAGGAGUUUGAUGGAGGGUCCGCGAAUGACAGCAGAACAGUUAAAACGCACGGACAUCAUACACAACUACAUAAUGCGCGGUGAAGCUAGUCCCAGAUCACCGACGGCGUCGCCGUCACCCGCAGAACAAUGUGCAUCUACUACUACAAUGACAGCGCGCUCAACGCAAGGAUCUCAAGGUCUCCUGCAGUGCGCGACCACAAGCUAUUCAAACAGGUGGCCGGCCACCUCGGUGAUUACAACGACAACGGGUGCGCGACAACAGCAGCAGCAGCAGCAGCAGCAGCAACAACAGCAACAACAACAACAACAACAGCAACAACAACAGUCUUCCUCGGACUAUCUCACUGUUGGCAACUCUCCGGCUUCGUCGCCGAGAUACCUCUCCGUGGCGGCGACCAGCAGUACAAGCACGAGUCCGAGACCGACUUCCAAUACGGCGGCAACGCUCGUGUUAUCCGGCUGUCCAAGCAAUAUGAUGGAAUUACAAGUCGACAUAGCGGACAGUCAGCAGCCAUUAAAUCUCUCGAAAAAAUCACCAUCUCCGUCACCAUCGCCCAGGCCGCUCGUAGGACCCUGCAAGGCUCUAUCCCUCGAGGCGUAGUGUUCUGAUGAGCUCGGGUGAUCUGUCGUGACAUGCGUUAGCGUGUGCGCAUGCGCGCGCGCGCAAACUCGGUAUGUUUGAACCACCUAUCACCUACAUAGACGAGCGCUCGUCGUCGCGGUACAAUCCUCUCCGAUUUUUAACUAGAAAUGAAAGUGCCAGGACGCUUCGAGCGCGUGCAAAACCAAAUAAUUUAUUAAUUUAAUCUACUUAUUGAUAAAAUCUCGCGCGAGAAAAGAGGUGGAGUUUACGAGAACAGAACCGGCUAAAUCUCCGCGAAUAUUUAUAAGGAAAGACAGACGUUCAGUGGCGAGUUACUUUUUUUUUCUCUCGAAUGUGCGAGAAACGACGAUGAAUGUACAUCGAGGAUGGACGCUUUUAUUCACGAUAGAGUGCCGAUCCGCGAUGGCAAUAGUGCCGUGUAGGGGAGCCACCUAUCCACCUAAAACUAUCUACCUGUCUACCUACCUAAAGCUUAUCUGCUCUAGGUGUACAUCUAGAAGAGAUAGAUGCAUCCACGACGGAAAAAAAAAGAAAGGUUGAGUGUUACAAAAAAGUUAAUAAUCUAUCUACAUGUGAUAAUCAUGGAAAUCGUGCAUCCUGUACAGUCUCCACCUCAUUCAUCGAUCAUCUACUCUUACUAUAUAAAUAUAUAUAUAUAUACAUAUAUAUAUAUAUAUAAUUAUUGAAUAUAUUAUAAAAGUAAUUAAUAUUAUUGUAAUAUGUGUAAGGUAUCAUAACCGUAAAAAAUUAUCAUUUCGUGUAUGUGUGUAGAAGACGCGUAUGUUAUUUCUUGUGUGUGAGCGAUAUUAAAGAACGAAAGUGAGAAAGAGAGCGCGAGCGAGUGACGAGUGAGCGUGCGCUUGUGCAAAUGAGUCGGGGCAAAUCGAAAAGCUUCUUGAUCGCGGUGGCAAUCGAGAACAAUGAAUAAAAUUACGAGAAAUAAAGUCGCGAAAUGCGAUUCUCAAGAAUUUUAAGCGUUUUGUUAUGAGACUGAUCGGCCCGCCGCGGCCAGCAGUUUGCAAUUACUGUACCUUUGUACUACGUAUCGUGGGAGUCUCUUCGCUGAGGAGACAACUCAAGAAGUAAUUAUAUCCUCUAAUCGCGCCGUAUAGCGAAAUAGGUAUCGUAGACCCGCUUAAACGCGUUAUACAAUAUUAUGUGUCGUGUGUGCAUGCAUGAAAGUUAGGCAGAUAGAUCGAGACGGGAUUGCGUAAAAGAGAGCAAAAAAAAAAAAAAAGAAAAAAAAAAGGAAAAUGAGUGAGGAAAGAUACGACGAAGACAGAAAAAAAAAGUAAAAACGGUGUGAAGAACCGCGAAGUUUUCGAACGAAACGGAACUCCGACAGUAUGGCAAAGCGCAGUGUAAAUAGUAGAUUCGUAAGGCUAUGUCCUGAUAGGCGCGAGUGAGAGUCUCUUCUGCUUCAGAAUAAAAAAACAAAAAAAAAAAAAGAAAAUUACGAGGAAAAAGUUAGUAGAAGAUACGCGGCGGGCCACCGCCGACGUGUUGUUGAGACGCCCGCCCCGCCUCCCUAAUACCAUCGCAUAUCCCAAUCUCUCUCAGCAUGAAUAUCGCAUUAAACACGCAUUACACCCGUAACAUGCAGAAAACUAUGGAGCAAGUAUAUUGCGCGAUCUUGAAAACAGUUGUAGAAAUACUUACUCGCCUCCUUUUGAGACGAACUAGAGAUUCUUUUACCUCUCGAACAAACGAAAAUAAAAAAUAAAAUUUACUUUUUGCCAAGUCUAAUUCGAGACUGGUAUUUAUUACUUGAGAAUCUUAUUACUGAUGAAAACCGAAUUGUGUGGAUCGAGCUCGGUGUGUUGAGUAAAAGAAAAACUAGUUCUCAUCGGAAACGGGGCAUUAAAAGCACAUUCAGUCUAACAGGCUAAAAUAUAGUUUAGCCAGAAUAUUCCUAAACACCCAGCUUAGAAGGCCUCUGUAUUUAUUGUACACAAAAUGCAUUUUCUCCGCCGUGUCGCGUGUAUCACAUCUACUCGUUUGUCCAAGCAAAUCCUCGUAGAAUCCUGGCUGUCCUUGUACGAAACACACGCAUAUACACACACACACACACAUAUAUAUAUAUAUAUACACACACACAAAGACAGAUACAUUUACACGAUAAUGUACAUGCACACUGACGAAACAUUUUGUCUUGUCUCCCUUUUCCCCACUCCUUCCCCUCUCCAGCAGACAACCUAGCAUUGAUAUUCGUAUAAUACUUGUUAUGCAUAAACUACACAUAAUUAUUAUAGUAAACGAUACAUAAAGUAUGAUAUAUUUCCCUAUCCAUUAAGGAAAAUACAAAAAAACAACUGUUGUUUCUGAUGGAAGAAAAAAAACAAAACCUAUGGAUAAAAUGUACUCUACUACAUGCAAGACUACAAAUGCAGCCCCGCAUAUUGCCCAGUGAGCACGUCAUUUUGUACGCUUGGGAGUUGUGAGGUCGUCUGAAUAAACAUUGUCUGGUGAAUUAUACAUAAAAAAAA